GACGCGCUCUGACGGCGCCGGCUUUGUUCGCCGGGGGUGUCGGGGCUGCCGGCUGCAUCAACCUCCGCUCCGUCGCCACACCUCCCCCCGCCGCCCGAGAACCAGCCCGGGACAUUCCUCCCGCCGCUGCCGGAGCUGAGGUAACGGGAACCGGCGGCGCUCCGUCCCGGAGAGCGGGUCAGACGGCACGGACCGGAGCAGCGGCUCCCGCAGCCUCGGACCAGCAUGCUGCAUGCACCUCUCUGCAUCGGCUGGAUCUUCACCUGCUUGGCAUCUGCUGUGGUUCUGCCGGAAGCAGCAACAGGUACCAGGAACGAGAAGGCAGUGAACAUAAAGAAGGUCCAACACCAGCCAGUUGUCCGGGGAUUAGCAGACUCUGCACUGCUGCCCUGCCUUUUCUCUGUGCUCCCGAGUUCGACCAUUGACCCUUUGUUGCUCCCUGACCUCGCCCGGAUCAAAUGGACCAAAGUCUCGCUCGAAAGUGGAAGCAGGAAGGAAGUUGUUAUCCUGGUUGCCAAGAACAACACAGUGAAGCUGAACCCAGCCUACAAGGGCAGGGUCAGCCUGCCCGGCUAUGGGCCCUUCCACUACAAUGCCAGCCUGGAGAUCAUCUCUCUGCGAGCAAGUGACUCGGGUGUCUAUCAGUGCGAGGUGGUUGUGGGCAUGGAUGAUGAGCAGGACACCAUCCCGUUACAGGUUACCGGGACCGUGUUUCACUAUCGCUCCAGCAACAACAGGUAUGCACUCACCUUCGAGACGGCCACACAGGCCUGUCGGCAGAAUUCGGCUAGGAUGGCCACACCACAACACCUGCUGGCUGCCUUCCAGGAUGGCUUCAACCAUUGCGACGCCGGCUGGAUCUCCGACCAAACCGUCAGGUAUCCAAUCAAAACACCAAGACCUGGUUGCUAUGGAGAUAAAUUUGAAUAUCCUGGCAUCAGGACCUAUGGGGUUCGGGAUCCUGGCGAGCAGUAUGACGUCUACUGUUACAUCGAGGAGCUGAAAGGCACCGUUUUUCAUGAAUCAGCCCCUCAAAAGUUGAACCUGACCGAGGCUGUGCAUCACUGUGAGAGCCGGGGAGCAGAGUUAGCAACCACUGGACAGCUGUACCUGGCCUGGAGCCGAGGCUUGGACCGCUGCGAUGCUGGCUGGCUGGCUGACGGGAGUGUGCGUUAUCCUAUCAACAUUCCCAGGAGGAAUUGUGGUGGAGAUGUGCCAGGAGUAAGGACAAUCUAUCAGCUCCCAAACAGGACAGGGUUCCCUGAUCCUGGUUCCAAGUAUGAUGCCUACUGUUACAGAGCUGCUGGUGUCCAGUCGUCCAGUGGUCCGAGGAGUCACUCUGCAGGGAGCCGAGGGCAGUGGACCGCAGGGGUGGAGGGCAGUGGAGACCUCGGGCUGGCCCUGCCCACGUCCCGGGAUUUCCCGCUGACACACUGGUCUCUCCGGCUUAAGUCCCGCACACGGCAACAUCUGAGCAGCAGACAGCCUGCUCUGGAGAGGCCAGGCCACUCUGGGCAAUUCCACAGCUCUGAGGGAGGGGGUCUGAGUGACUGGGGCAGUCCCAGACCAAUGCCCACAGCACCGGGAUCGCACCGGCCUACCUGGGCAGUGCCGACUCUGCAGACAUGGAACACUGCAGCCAGUGACCCGUGGCCUGUGGAUACUCAGCCCGCAGUGAGAUCAGACCUUGUGGAAUCCAACGAGCUGCCUCAGUUGGAGCAGCUGCCUGCCGCGGGGAAGAAGCCACUCACUGACUGGGAGCAGAUCCAGGGCAGUGUGGUGACCGGAGCAGAGACUGUGGACCCCACCGGACAGUUUGGCCAGCCACCACCAGCCCCCACGGACACCAGCACACCCGCCACAGGAGCUGUGGAUGUUGUAGGCCGACUGCCCACAGAGGAGUGGACAGGGGAGAGCUCAGGGAGCUUCACCGAGCCAGCGACUGUUAAAGACAGGAGAACAGAGUACGGCACUAUGGAGCCCUCUGUCCAGGAGGGUCACGGGGAAACCAACUGGUCACUCAGCGAGGAGAAAACAGAUGCGGCAAAAAUCAAAAGAGCCGGUGAGGAGCAGUGGACGGGCGGUGGUGGGGAGCUGCCCAGGGCCCCAGCCACGGGUGGAACUUGCACUGGGAGUGGAGGGAGUGAGUCCUCACCGACUGCUGCUGGAGCCCCCUCCGCAAGCCACGGCUGCAGGCGCACAUCUGGCACGCCUGUUGAAGCUGGCGGAGAAGCUUCCGGAGAGGCAGUUCUCAGAGAGGAUCUGGAAUACCCUUCAGCACGAAGCAAGGAUGCAGAGACCGAGGGUAACGAGGGACUGGGAAGUCACCGUCAGUCGGUCAGCUUUGGUGGAGGGGCAGAGGAGGGCCAGACCAGCAGUCCCUUCUCAUCUCCACGGCCGAGUGCCAGUGAUGGGACGGGAGACAACUGCAGCACGGUUGGUGACGGGGGGGAGAUGUCUGCUCUGCCCAAUCCUCCGUCUUCAGACAGUGAUGGCUAUGCCAGUGGGGAGGUCACCCACCUCUCGUUCUCCUCAACUGAGCAGCCUGCAGCACUGGCACUUUGCCCUCAGGAGGCGGCGUGUGUGUCCACAGCAACUCUUGAGCUGGGAGGAAGUGGGGAGGAAGGAGCCAGUGUGCAGGAGGAGGAGAGCCAGGAGGGAGAUCGCUCAGGAGCUGGACAGGGGGCAGCUGAGAAAGUGUCUGCAAUCAUUAGGACCCUGGCACCCCUCAAGGCCUCUGAGGACGGACUUCACGUCACCACACUGGCUGCUGAGGAGAAUAUUAAAGACAUGACGUUGCCUGCUCUGCCAGAGGCAGGUGGUACCACGGCACCGGAAGAGAAGUGGCAAAGAGUGACAGUGAAGCUGGAGAAGUCAUACUUGAUGAAAUUAGAGAGGGAGUCAGAGUCCCUGGAGGAGCUGGGUGGAAGCCAGCCAGAUGUGAAGGAUGUUUCAGCUGCCACACAAACUCCCAGCCCUCAGUCAGUGGCUGCGAUCCCAUCAGGGGCAACGGAGAUUGAAGCAGGUACUCAGCCCCACACAAACACACUGGAGGCUUCGGCUGAAAUGGACCAGGUAACAAUGGAAGCAUCCGACAGAACUGGGGGCGAUCACGUAACUGCCACAGGGAGCUCAGAAAUGGGAUUGUUGCUGCACACCGAGCAACUCCCCAAGGAACCCAUCACAGCUUCUGGUGCCCCCACAGAUCACCCAGAGCCCGUGGCUCUGCCUUCAGGUAAUGAAUCCAUGUUGUUAGCCUGGGGACCAACCCUGCCAAGUGCAGAAAGAGCGAAGGAACAAAUGGACACUGGGGAGACCUCUGGCAUGAGUCCAGCAGCCAAGUUGGAUGCUCACGUUGUCAAAGAAACAAGGGGAAUGAUCCAACCAAUCACAGCAGAGCCCACUACCGCACAAUCAGAAUUUCCAUCGAUGUUGGCCAAGGAGGCAAUGGCAGAACCAUCAUCCGCAGCAAUGAUGUUGGGCACAGCAGAAGAGGACAGUGGGUUACCAAGUGUGGGGAGACUCGAUGUUGCUGAUGAGGGCUCUGCUUCCAGGGAAGGCCCUGAUAUCUUCACUUCUGUUCCACUUCCCACCUUGUCCCAUCAGCAAGAGUCGUCUCACCAGGAAACCAUGGCAGAAACAGUAGCCAGCACGGAGCAUGUGGUGGGAUCAGCACCACAUCAGCCCCGAGUGCAGCCCUCUGAAGCCAGGUUGACAUCACUAGAUGAUGAAGGUGAGGGCUCUGGGGUGCUGGAACAGACAUUGACCAUCAAGGAUCUUCUCACCUCUGCUUCGGGGCAAGGAGCAGAGUUCUGGACAGUCACGCCAGGUACCGCGAGUUUCAAUGACUCCGAUGAGGAUUCGGUCUAUGUUGGACCAGAGGAACCAGACCCUUGCCAGACAAACCCCUGCCUCCACGAGGGAACCUGCUUGUCCAACAGCACCAUGUACACCUGCGACUGUGUGGAUGGGUUCACCGGAGAGAACUGCGAGAUUGAUAUUGAUGAGUGCCACUCCAGCCCAUGUGAGAACGGAGCGACCUGUGUCGAUGGGGUCAAUUCCUUCACCUGCCUUUGCUUGCCGAGUUACACUGGCAGCCUGUGUGAAGAAGACACAGAGGGGUGUGAUCACAACUGGCAGAAGUUCCUGGGGCACUGCUACCGAUACUUCUCGCACCGCCGGCUGUGGGAACACGCAGAGAAGGACUGCCGCAGCCAUGGAGCUCACCUGGUGAGCAUUCACUCUGUUGAGGAGAAGGAAUUCCUAAACGGUCUGAGUCGGGAGUACGCCUGGAUCGGUCUGAACGACAGGACGAUUGAGGAGGACUUCCAAUGGACGGACGGCUCUCCUUUGCAAUACGAGAACUGGCGGAUGAACCAGCCGGACAGUUUCUUCGCGGGCGGGGAGGACUGCGUGGUCUCCAUCGCACGGGAGGGCGGCCGCUGGAACGAUGUCCCCUGUAACUACAACCUGCCCUACAUCUGCAAGAAGGGCACGGUGCUGUGUGGCCCCCCGCCCACUGUGGAACACGCCGUGGUGCUUGGCCGCAGGAAGGCGCGGUACGAGAUCCACUCGCUGGUCCGCUACCAGUGUGAGGACGGCUUCAGCCAGCGCCACGUCCCCACCAUCCGGUGUCACACCAGCGGCAAGUGGGACCGGCCCAAAGUCCUCUGUCUGAGCCGAGCAGCUGGGAAUCGUCGGUCGCGAAGACACCAGCACAAAGGCAGCAGGAAAGAGAAGCGAAAGCACAAAAAACACCCCGAGUCGCGUCGGAUGGACAUGAAGCACUUCUACUGAGCGGGUGUCCUGCCGAGGAAGGGCGUGGUGGUGACCGCAAGUACAUGAUACCGAAAUCCUGCAAGAUGUUUUGUUUUGAACACAACCCUUGGGUGGGGGGGAGGGUACUGAAGGGGUUGUUUUUAGUUUGCGAGAGUUAUGUCACGUAUUUUUCUAAAAAAUAAUUGUGGAACUUAAAGGUGAAUUUGUUGAUCGAUGAUCAGUAGGGUGUUGGUGCACUGGCGAAGAUCCCUGAGCUACCAGUGUUCAGUCUUGAAUGUGGAUGAAAGACUAGCCAAUAAUCCUUUCAAAAAGGCACACAUAUUAAUUUUUUAAAACUGAUUAUAGAUGAGGCUGGUUUAAAAAUAAGUGCUUGGUUGAUUAGUCCCUGUAAGCCCUCCUCACACACCUCCAAGGUAAGGUGCUGUGUCCCACCACAAACAGACCCAUUAGUGCAUUGGCUUGUUGUUUCUGAACUUGUUAAAACGAUUAAUUGAAAACAGAUUAACACAUUAUUGUGGGAAUGCAUUUAAUGAACUUUGCUGCUGGUACAUUGCCCAGCGUGGUUUCAACCCUAAAAUUUCAGCAAAGCCCCUGGGAACUUUUCACAGCUUAACAAGGCUCUCUGGUCUUGGCAGGGGUACAGUUUACAGGCCAGCCCCUUCGUCAACACCCGGCACACCAUUCUCAGUGGGAUUCUUGGCGUGGCUGCUGCUGUGGACUCUUUCUGUGCCCAGUCACACUAACUUGGCUAAAUCCAAGAACCAACGCUGGGAUGUUCCUGAGUUUUCUGAGCAGCAGUAACUCCAGCAGGAGUCUGGUCAUGUGGCAGUUCACAGUUGAACUACUAAUCCAGGGGGAAGAUGCCCAGAAGCUCAGGCAACAACCAGUUAGUGUUUCACAUUAGUUACCAUUCCUUGGGUGAAGCAUUAACUCUGGUUAGCCUGACCUGCUGUGUCGUUCCAGCAAAUCUUUGCUUGUUUUAAAUAUCUGCAGCAUUUUGUAUAAUGAAUCAGGGACCAGGAAUUCAAAUCCCACUGGAGGAACUGGGAAUUUACUUUAAUUAAUUAAAUAAACCUGGACUGUAAUUUAAGUGUGAGGAAAGGAAAGGGCUGGUGUGGAGACCCCCCAGGUACUCUGACGUCACUUGGGCAUGGGACUCUGCGACUAACGAGAUCUUCAGGCAGAGUUAGGAAUGGCCAAUACAUGCUGAUCAGGUUUUCCACUGUGUCUGUUUCUCACCAUACUUGUGCACAUGGCAGUAAACGUGACGACCAAUGCCCAAGUUCCUGAAAGAGAAAGGAACUAACAGCCAUGGGAAGCUCCAAUUGGCAGUUUAGGGAGAAAAAAGUGCUGAGGGUCUCCAAGGAAUGGUCAGAGGCAUCCAUUCAUCUUUGACUGGGGAAGAUUGAACUGCCUGUUUUACCACACCAAGUCAGAGUAGACUUUUGUCAAGAGAGUAUUGGAAUGAAACUUUACAAAGCAUUUUAUAAAAAAAAUAAGAUUUACUUAGUCACCGGAGGUGGAAUUAAAGGACUUAUGAAUUCACAAUUCAUCAGUAAUCGGUUGGACUGCAAUCUGCUCACUCACUGAGGCUAAAAGAGUUACAGGGUUCACAAUGUACUGACUGACGACAUAUGUCUCUGAUUGUGCACCCCCGUGAGAGCACAAUAAUUCCCAGGGAGCCAUCGGAAACACAUGGUGCUGGGGGAGAGGGGUUAACUGGGGGACAGUGUGAGGGAGGGGGAAUUAACAUCAGUGGGCAUACAGUCAGUGACACAGGGCGCUGGGGGAGAGGGGUCACUGAGGGACGGUGUGAGGGAGCUGGAUUGACAUCAGUGGGGAUACUGUGACAGGAGUCUGGAGGAGAGGGGUCACUGAGGGACAGUGUGAGGGAAGGGAUUAACAUCAGUGGGGAUACAGUCAGUGACACAAGGCGCUGGGGGAGAGGGGUCACUGAGGGACGGUGUGAGGGAGGGGGAUUAACGUCGGUGGUGAUACAGUCAGUGACAUGGGAUGGGGGGUGGUGGAUCGUGGAUGUGUUGUUAUUGGGGACUAAGAUAUUCCAGUACUUUUUGAUUGAGAUUGAGGGGAGUUUUCCCAUUGUGAGUUUGGCUUAUGGUGACCAUCCGUGAGUUGUACAGUCUGUUCCCAGGUACCUGGGAUUGUGAAUCAGUAUGGAGAGUGGAAUGAAGGUCACGGAGGGUGAAAGUAUAUCGCUGGCCAGUCAGCACCUGAAUGUGGCCAAUGUGUAGGACAGGAGAGCUGUGCCCGCAAGCUCCACCGUUCAAUGGUCACCUGCUCUAGCUUCCUGCACUCGUCCCUGGAACGUGUCCAUCCCGAAGCCCAAAAUCUUUUCAUCUCCACCUCUAACUUGCUUCUACCUGAGCUUCAAACCAUCUCAUUAGUUGUUCUGCCAUUCGAGAUCACGGCUGAUCUGAAUGUAGCUGCAGUAACCUUGUACCCCUCACUUAUCAAGUAUCUAUUCAUCUCUUCCUUGUGGGUGUUCAGAACCACUGCUUUUGCUGCUCUUUGAGGAAGGCUCAUGACCUACUGAGAGAAACACCUCUGGGUUCUCCCUCAGAGGGAAACAUCUCUCAGGUGUUUUCAUCAAAUCCCUGUCACUCUUCCAAACCCCAGCACUCCCAGCCUGUCCAACCUUUUCUUCGUAACACAGCUCACUGCUUGCUGUGUAUAAACUGGCUGCAAAAUUAUGACAGUAUCUAAUUGACAGUGAAGUAUUUCAGGUUGUUCUGAAAUAGUGAGCAGCAUUCUGGGGAUUCUUUAUUUAAAUUUUCUCUUUUUGUCCCAGUCCCCCUUCCCAUUCUUCCUCACUCUCGAUGUGCGGCUAAAUCAGAAAAUACCAGAAACACCCAGCUGGUCAGGCAGCGUCUGUGGAGAGGGAAGACUGGAUCCUGCUUUUGGAUUCCAUUUAAUGUUUAUUUAUAAUAGACCAUAACUCUCACUCUGUGGUUUCUGACAAAGAAUUUACACUCAAAGCAUUUGGAUCAGGGGGAAGCCUCAACAUCAUUCCACUGUAUCUGCCUUGGUUCUGUAACCUGGAAUCCCCUGUCAAAAACAUCCACCCAUCUCAGUUUUCCAAUUUCUAAUUCUGUGAGCUGAGCAAUGGGUUGGGGGUAGAGUCCCAAGUCCCCAUUGUCUCUGCAGCAUCACUUUGAUUUUAUGGCCAAGUCCAACCCAGAGGAAUUUCUCAAUGAGAUCGCCCUUGGUCCUCAUGUCAAACAUUUUACCUUAGAGUUCUGCUUUGUCUUUAUACCACAUUGCAAGACAAUGCCCCGUUACUGUUGCUGCCUUCAGGCUGCGCUGAGGUUUGAAGCUCUUGCCUUUAGACUGGCCUCAACUGAGUGGAAAAUGCAAAACUGCUGCUUAACCCUCCAUCACCUGAAAAUUCACUUCCGCCUCCAACCUAAACGGGCUCCUUGAAGUGUUGGCCCGAUGUCUAUUGUAUCUUGGAAACGAGAUGUAAGCUGGGGACAGUGGGUGAGAUCAGCACUGGACCAGAUUUUUCUUUGUAACAUUCUCCGAAGCAACCAGGAGCGAAGGCUGCAGGAUUCAAGGUUGUGUCUUUGAAGCAGAGUGUUGACGGUUGCUAUAGGAACCCUUGCUUCAUGCAGUGCAGUAAGAUGGCACUUUGCAUUCAGUUGUAAUGUACAUCAUGUGGCCCAAUGACCUAAUCUGAAGCCCCUCACCUCUCCCACCCCACCCUGACUGAGGCUCUCACACAGCCAUUCCCACUCUAGCCUCCUGCUCUGGAUUAGUGAGGUUUGUCCAGGGACUGUGAAUGUGGAGACGGUCACUGUCCAGGACUGUCACCAGGGACUGAAAUGGGCCGGAUGUGUUUCCAUAGAAGCAUAGAAAACCUACAGCACAAUACAGGCCUUUCAGCCCACAAAGCUGUGCCGAACAUGUCCCUACCUUAGAAAUUACUAGGCUUACCCAUAGCCCUCUAUUUUUCUAAGCUCCAUGUACCUAUCCAAAAGUCUCUUAAAAGACCCUAUCGUAUCCGCCUCCACCACCGUUGCCGGCAGCCCAUUCCACACACUCACCACUCUCUGAGUAAAAGACUUACCCCUGACAUCUCCUCUGUACCGACUCCCCAGCACCUUAAACCUGUGUCCUCUUGUGGCAACCAUUUCAGCCCUGGGAUAAAGUCUCUGACUAUCCACGCGAUCAGUGCCUCUUAUCAUCUUGUACACCUCUAUCAGGUCACCUCUCAUCCUCCGUCACUCCAAGGAGAAAAGGCUGAGUUCACUCAACCUGUUUUCAUAAGGCAUACUCCGCAUUCCAGCCAUCAUCCUUGUAAAUCUCUUCUGCACUCUUUCUGUGGCUUCCACAUCCCUCCUGUAGUGAAGUGACCAGAACUGAGCACAGUACUCCAAGUGGGGUCUGACCAGGGUCCCAUAUAGCUACAACAUUACCUCUCGGAUCCUAAAUUCAAUUCCACAAUUGAUGAAGGACAAUACACCGUAUGCCUUCUUAACCACAGAGUCAACCUUUGCAGCUGCUUUGAGCGUCCUAUGGACUCGGACCCCAAGAUCCCUCUGAUCCUCCACACUGCCAAGAGUCCUACCAUUGAUACUAUAUUCUGCCAUCAUAUUUGACCUACCAAAAUGAACCACUUCACACUUAUCUGGGUUGAACUCCUCUGACACUUCUCAGCACAGUUUUGCAUCCUAUGUCCUGCUGUAACCUCUGACUGCCUUCCACACUGGCCACAGCACCUGCAACCUUUGUGUCAUCCACAAACUUACUAACCCAUCCCUCCACUUCCUCAUCCAGGUCAUUUAUAAAAAUCACGAAGAGUAAAGGUCCCAGAACAGACCUCCAUGCAGAAUGUGACCCGUCAACAACCACUCUUUGCCUUCUGUGGGCAAGCCAGUUCUGGAUCCCAUGCCUCCUUACUUUCUCAAUAAGCCUUGCAUGAGGUACCUUAUCAAACGCCUUGCUGAAAUCCAUAUACACUACAUCUACUACUCCCCCUUCAUUGAUGUGUUUAGUCACAUCCUUAAAAAAAUCAAUCAGGCUCGUAAGGCAGGACAUGUCCUUGACAAAGCCAUGCUGACUAUUCCUAAUCAUAUUAUACCUCUCCAAAUGUUCAUAAUUCCUGCCUCUCAGGAUCUUCUCCAUCAACUUACCAACACUGAAGAAAGACUCACUGUUCUAUAAUUUCCUGGGCUACCUCUACUCCCUUUCUUGAAUAAAGGAACAACAUCCACAACCCUCCAAUCCUCCGUAACCUCUCCCAUCCCCAUUGAUGAUGCAAAGAUCAUCGCCAGAGGCUCAGCAAUCUCCUCCCUCGCCUCCCAUAGUAGUCUGGGGUACAUCUCAUCUGGUCCCAGCGACUUAUCCAACUUGAUGCUUUCCAAAAGCUCCAGCACGUCCUCUUUCUUAAUAUCUACAUGCUCAAGCUUUUCAGUCUGCUGCAAGUCAUCACUACAAUCUCCAUUCUUUUCCAUAGUGAAUACUGAUGUAAAGUAUUCAUUAAGUAUCUCUGCCAUUUCCUCCGGAUCCAUACACACUUUCCCACUGUUACUCUUGACAGGUCCUAUUCUUUCAGGUCUUGUCCUCUUACUCUUCACAUACUUGUAGAAUGCCUUGGGGUUUUCCUUAAUCCUGCCCGCCAAGACCUUCUCAUGUCCCCUUCUAGCUCUCCUAAUUUCCUUCUUAAGCUCCUUCCUGUUAGCCUUAUACUUUUCCAGAUCUCUAACAUUACCUAGCUCUCUGAACCUUUUCUUUUCUUCUUGACUAGAUUUAUUACCGCCUUUGUACACCACGGUUCCUGUACCCUUUCAUAACUUCCCUGUCUCAUUGGAAUGUACCUGUGCAGAACUCAACACAAAUAUCCCCCGAACAUUUGCCACAUUUCAUCUGUACUUUUCACUGAGAACAUCUGUCCCCAAUUUAAGCUUCCAAUUUCCUGCCUGAGAGCCUCAUAAUUCCCCUUACUCCAAUUAAACACUUUUCUAACUUAUCUGUUCCUAUCUCUCUCCAAUGCUAUUGUAAAGGAGAUAGAAUUAUGAUCACUAUCUCCAAAAUGCUCUCCCACUGAGAGUCCUGACACCUGACUGAGUUCUUCAGCCUCAGGGUAACCAGUGAGCUACAGCGGUGGAGCUUCACUGGUCUGGCUGUCACUCAGACCGUGUGGGCUUUUCCUGCCCUUGGGAAGCAGGGACCGAGCUGUCUUCUUGAACUACAGUAGUCCUGGUCAAGGGACUCCCAUGGCGAUGUUGGGGGGAGAGAGUUCCAGGAUUCAGAGUCUGUGAGAGAAGGGGAAACUCUUUUGUUGAUGGACUGUCCUCAGUCAAUUAGUGUUCUUGUUUUCUGGGACUGAAACGAACUGCAGGAAGUUUGACGAACAGGCAGGUGUUGCUGGGCUGGUGUCAUCAACUGUACUGUACCAGCACGAUCCUGCCCCAGAGGCACGUCUUGCUUAGUAGGAAGCUUCUUUGACUCUGAGCUCGAGUCUCCUUCAGACACUUGAGAACCAAAUCUAUGUGGUGAGUCCUAGUGCAGGACUGAAGGAGUGUGGUCCUGUCAAAGGCGUGGUGUUUGAGGACAGGCUGCCUGAGAUAGAUCCUAUGAUAUUUUAUUGAAGCUCAGUACACUUCUCGCUGGUGCGCUGACUAGCACUGACGGCUUUUAACAACAUUUGGCCAUUGUCAAAUAGUUGUAGUUUGUGGGAUCUUGCUGUGCCACACCUUCCUAUUUUAUGGUGUGAGCACACUACACACAGUUCAUUGUGAGUCCUCAGAUCUUCACGAAUGAUGCCAUGGCCUUCCAGGUUUUGAUGAGGCAGGUCCGUCCCAGUGAAAAGUGGAGGAAGAUUUUGGGAAGUGUGAGCUGGGGUGGAAUGGGAUCAGGGAUGGGGCCAGGAAGUGGG